ACAUUCACCAACGCUGUGUGGUAGUGUGUGUAUGGGCCAUGGGCGGAUUCAUUUAACGUGUGUUUUAGUGUAGUGGUUUGAAAGAGACUUGUAAAUACAGAUUUGAAGGCCAAUCAUUGUCAUCAUUCUUCAAUAAAAGCAAGACAGCGCUGUAUUUAACAUGGUGGUUGAAUAAAUCUUUUAUACGAGCUGGUUAAUCCAAACACCAACAUGGAUGGUGAAAGGGAUCGAAAAGCAGAAGAACUUAAAAACUUACGGAAUAUUAUUACCCAGUGGAAUGCAAAUCGACUUGACUUAUUCGCACUCAGCGAGCCCAAUGAGGAUCUGGAAUUCCAUGGGGUAAUGCGUUUCUACUUUCAAGAUGCAGGUCAGAAAGUGGCAACCAAAUGCAUCAGAGUGGCAAGCAGUGCCACCACUAGGGAUGUUAUUCAGACUUUAAUUGAAAAGUUCCGUCCAGACAUUCGAAUGUUGUUUGUGCCCGAGUAUGGUUUAUAUGAAAUUCAUGAAAAUGGGGAGGAGAGAAAGUUAAAUGAUGAAGAGCAGCCACUGCUUGUGCAGUUGAAGUGGCACAAAGAUGACAGGGAAGGACGGUUUCUUCUUCGAAGGAUGGAUGAAAAAACCUAUAUACCAUAUGCAGUCAUGGACACUAGUGAAAACAAUACAAACAACAGUUUCAUCAGGAAGUUGUCGAGGAGAGAGAAAAAGGAGAAGAAGAAAAAAGAGAAAAGGGAGAGAUUGCAGGGGGAUGAAGAAAACAAAGAUGGUAUUGCUGAAAGACUCUACUCGGAACUCCCAGAGACAAGUUUUACUCGUUCUAUAUCUAACCCUGAAGCGGUCAUGAGGCGGAAACGUCAACAGAAACUAGAGAAGAAACUGCAACUGUUUGGACAGACGGGUGCUGAUGCUGGUGGUACUCUUAAGAUCUAUGGAGAAUCUCUCAACAAGGAUGUGCCUUACAAGACUUUACUCUUGUCCACUAAUGAUACAGCUAGUAAUGUUGUAAAAGAAGUUUUGGAAAAGUAUGGCAGAGAAAAAGAAGAUCCACUUCAGUAUUGUUUGGUACAAGUAAUCAUUCCUACAGUAAGUAAUGACAAUCUUCAAGACUAUCAUUCCCAUUCGCCUAGUCCCAGGGAAUACAUUCUAGAUGAUGAUGACUGUCCCUUGAUCAUUGACAGACAGUUUAACACUAAGAAAGGUUCUCUUUCAUUUCAUAUUAAACGAAGACCAGCAGAUUAUCAGCCUAGGAAGAGAAAAAAGAAACAAAAACAUUCUAAAGACAAUUCAGACACUUCCUCUUAUAAGUAUGAGGACUCUUUAGGACGAAUGCCUUACCUCUUAGAACUUAAUCCAGACGGCAGUGAAAUUUUACAUGGAAGUCCAAAAAAACAUCGUCUCUUCCUGAAUGUCACAGAGGUUGGGAGUGAAAGAUCAAGUUCUACAGGUGGACAGUAUUUACAGCUUUUUGGUCCAAGUGUUCAUCCCCGACAUUGUGUUAUAGCACACACUGAAGGUAUUGUCACUGUUACACCUACUAGUCGAGAUGCUGAAACAUACGUAAAUGGAAUACGAAUUUUUGAGACCACUAUUCUUCAACAUGGGAUGGUUGUCCGAUUCGGCAAAAUGCAUACUUUCUGCUUUAUUGAUCCAACACAAGAACAGAAACACAUUUCAUCUCCUGAUCCUAAGCAGUCAGUUGAAUAUUCUGAAAGGACUAUUAAAAGAGAUGAUCAACUCUCAGGGCAUCAGGUGGGGGGUUAUGAAACAACAUUUGAUGCAGAAGGCAAUGUAGAAACAAUCUCUACUCACUCUAAAGAUGAUCGUAUAUCAAGAAAAUCUGAUGAUGCUCAUUCUCAUCGCUCAUUUGGACGGGAGAGCAGUCUGGGUCGAGGAAGUUAUGAUAGGCAUGACCAACGUAGAGGGAACGAUCCAAUACUGCCAGCUGUAUUAGAAUUCUGGGAAGACACUGAAGAUGCUUUUCUGGGUGCUAUCACCACACAACUCGACCAGACUCGUGUGCAAUUUAAGUUGGCACCCACUUAUACACUCUACAUGGCUGCUCGUUACCGAGCUUCUACUUUCUUCCGCCCAGAAUGUAAGCCGGAAGAUCGAGCUAUGCGACUUACUUUUGUAAUGAAUAAAGUAUCUAAGAUGAUCCAUCAAGUCAUUCAGGAUCGCUACCGAGAUACUGCUUCUCUUGCCUUUUGGCUGGCCAAUGGCUCGGAACUUCUUCACUUCCUGAAACAGGAUCGUCACCUCAGUGCCUACACUCUUGAUCCUCAAGAUAUGCUAGCUGAAAGUGUGCAGCUGGCAUUUCGUAGCUUGGUCACUUGCCUGCAAGCAGAGCUGCACUCGGCUAUGCCAGUAUUUAUAGAGGACCAGGAGGAUGGUAAUGAAGAGGAUGGAACAACGGGUGAAAUUCUGGCUGUUUUGUCCAAUGCUAUGUCAUUGCUUCGAAGAUGCAGGGUGAAUGCCGCUCUUACAAUCCAGCUCUUCUCACAACUUUUUCAUUUUAUUAACAUGUGGCUGUUCAACAAGUUAGUGUCUAGAACAUAUCAUUUGCUUUGCACACGAGCGUGGGGAAUCCGGCUCAAGAGAAGGCUUUCCAGAGUAGAAGCCUGGGCUGAGAAGCAAGGACUUGAGUUGGCUGCUGAUUGUCACCUCAAUAGGAUUGUUCAGGCAGCAAAAUUGUUACAAGCUUCAAAGGGUAGUCCUACUGAUAUAGCCAACAUUAGCUCUUCUUGCUUCAAACUUAACUCCCUUCAACUACGCAUCUUACUAGAAAAGUACCAGCCUGAGCAAGAUGAACCCCACAUACCACAAGAUCUUAUAGAAAGUGUUGUGAAGGUGGCUGAAAAUACAGCUGAUGAGCUGGCACGUAGUGAUGGGCGAGAAGUGAAACUUGAAGAAGAUGCUGAUCUACAACUUCCCUUCCUUCUACCAGAAGAUGGCUACUCAUGUGACAUUGUUCGUGGAGUUCCUGCAGGCCUUCAGGAAUUUUUACAACCAUUAGUCCAAGCUGGUCUGUGUCGACUAACUGUACAGACUACUUCAUCUGGGUAUUGGACCAUCUAUAUGACAGAUCAGGAUGUUGGCCAUCAUUCUGUUGAGGCUCCUAGUCCUAGUGGUCACAGUCACAGUUCUCGCAAAGAGUCUGAACCUCGACCACAACCAUCUGGACCUUCAGGGGAACCUGAAGUAGUAACCAUGAUGUUACAGAAGACUAACAGUGGAAUGGGUCUAAGCAUUGUUGCAGUGAAGGGAGCUACACAAGAAAAAUUAGGGAUAUAUAUCAAGUCUGUUGUAAAAGGUGGAGCAGCUGAUCAGGAUGGGCGACUUCAAGCUGGUGACCAGUUACUUAAAGUAGAUGGACAGUCUUUAGUUGGAAUUUCUCAAGAAAAGGCUGCAGAAUUGAUGACCCGUACAGGUCCAGUUGUCACACUAGAAGUAGCCAAGCAGGCAGUUGUGUUCCACGGACUUGCUGCUUUACUAACACAGCCCUCUCCUGUUAUGCCACGAGGGUUGGCAUUUCCAGGUCCCAGACAUUUAAGUGAACGGGACAUUCCCAGUCGAGUUCAACAUGACAGAGAUCCUGAACGCUAUAGAAAUAUACCCUCAGGUGCUCCUCAUAUGAUGCCUGUUCGUAUUCAAGGCAGCAAGAGUGUGCCAUCUUUAGCAACUGGUCACCCACCUUCUGAGCCACUUCAGCCAUCACCAACAGGUAACCUACGACCUCAUGAUGUGUACAACCCAGGGUACAGCCGUACAUCGUCCACCACCUCAAUUCCAAAGGCUACAGAGUUUUUAGGGUCAACUCAAGAGGGUAGUACUCGUUCCAGGUCAACAAGUAACCUUCAACCUGAUGCCCAUUAUGAUGGUCGACAAUAUAAUGGCCCAGUGCCUGGACAAGGUGGACCACCCCCUUAUUCUCACGUUAAUCGUCCCACUUCACAACCUAAUCUUCUUGAGCAGCAGCGACCACCAGUCCCAGAAGAACGACACUAUCAGAAUAUUAGCAUGUAUCAACAUCAAAAUAACCAGAUACCUGCUGCAAGACCAUCUCCUCAGCCUCCAAAUAACCUUUACCCUCAACAAGGUCAUCCACCACGAGUUCAUCACGGCUCUUAUUCAUCCCUGCAUCGUUCAGAACAAGCACAACCAGCUCCACAGUCGCCUGUUGACCGUAAUCGACCACUAUCUACACUAGUGUCAUCCAGGGAACAGGAGCAGUAUGCCAAUUCAGUUGGUUUUCAACAGAUUCCACCAUCAACUUCAACCCAUCGAACACUUGGGCGACAAUAUAGCAAUGGUCCUCCAGACCCUUUUUAUGAACAGAAGGAUUCAAGGAAAUAUGGACACUAUGAUCAGUUCCACCCACAAAGUGAGCCUCGUCCAACCACUCUAGAGGGAGCAGCUUAUCCUGAACAUUAUCAGGGUAACUAUACCCAAAUGCCACCACCCCAUAAUCAGUCUUAUACAAUGGAUUCUAGACAACGAGACCUUCUUCGACAGGAGGCAAAGAUGGAAGAGAUGCAAGAAGAAGUGCGCCGUCGUGAAGAAAGAGAGUUGAUGCAGCAGCAGGCUAGGAAUACUGUACAGUGGAAUAAUAGGCCAGGUUAUAUGAUAGGACCAGGGCAACGGCAACAUUCAGUUAAUCAGCCAAUCAACAGACACCAUAACUUUAUUCCUCGUGGUCCACCCCAACCUGCUCCUAAACCUCAACACUCAUUAGACCAAGGUUUCCCAGUAAAUAAACCACAAAGAUCUGUAACAUCAGGGAGACAACCAUUAAAUGGUCACUCAUGGCAACAGCCUCCACCUCAAGUGAGUUAUCGAUACGGUGCUGCAGGAUACCCUCCACCCUCAGCAGAAACUUCAAAUAAUCGGAUCCAAGUGCAACCUGGUAGACCUAGUCAGCCUGAACCUAAACAAGCAGGAAUACUUCGAGGUCAGACUGCACAACACAAAAAAUUAGUUGAAACACAAGCUUCAAAUUUAGACAGUCAGCAACCGCUCCUGCAAGUGAAAAAGGAAAACAAUUUAGUGAGUCCAUCUCCAUGGGACCGAGAGGCAAAAGAAAAUAUGCGUUUUGUGCCCACUAUCUCGUACACUCCCCCUUCUCUUAGAACAGCUGUUGACAGUGAAUUAAAACAGAGAGAGGAAAGAGCUCGGCGUGCUCGAGAUGAUGAAAUUAGAGAACUAGAAAGUCUACCAUCUAGGAAUCCUAGACAGGAAGAAAGACUUCGUGCUCUUCGCUUAGAACAAGAAUUCCAAAGAAGAGCCGAAGAAGUAGGAGGGGAUGAUGAUGACGAUGAUGAAGAUGACCUGAUGGAAAGAGCAGAGAACAGGGAACGAAUGCUUAGGAUGCAAAACGAUUUAGAACUCGCCCGACAACGACGGCUGGAGUGGGAGAAAACACAGUUACAACACCAACAGCAGCAACAGCAACAGUUGUUACAACAACAGAAACAACAGCAACAAGCUAGAACUAUACUUUCACCCCAGGAGGAAUGGAGCAGAAGGUAUCAAGAAGGUCACCAUUAUCAGAUUGAGGACCAGGGAGAAAGGCUUCGUCACCUACGACUUGAAGAGACAAACAGAAAACGAGAAUUUGAAGCAGCUAAAGAGGCUGAGGAGCGAUUACUACAAGAAGCUCGUCGAAGACAGCAUGAGCAAGACCUUAUACUGCAUCAGCACCCAUCUCACAUAUUGGACCCUUCUGGUCAGAACGAUGUACCUCCACCCCUUCCCACCUCUCCACCUCCAUUAGAACCAUAUUCUUCUUCUUCAACUGGAACCUUCCAGUAUUCUCAGGCCAGCAUUUCUUCAGGGGCUAUGAGGUUGGAUCAACUGUUACAUCCUCAGGGUGAAAGUCAUCAACCUGGACUGCCUGCUAAUUAUGUAUCUGCCAUAGACAGGUCAGGAGGUUUGGCACCUCCUGUACCUGAGAGAAAGUCCUCAUUCGAAGUGACUGGUCAGUUUUCAAAUAACGUACAGCCCACAAUACAACAACAGGCGCUCACUGAGACAAGAAACGGUAAUCAGCCUCAUGCACCAAAAAAAGUCUCUUUUCACGAGCCCACCCAAGUUUUGGAACCUUUCUCCGGAACAAAUGGUAGUCAGAAACAUUUAGACCACCCACCAACUUCUUUGUCUGACUCUUAUACAUUAGACGAUAUUGAUGAAGUACUUAAAACACCACAAAAUCCCCUACCCCGAUAUGAACCUGGCAGUACUCCAGGCGUCAUUGGAGCUCAGGAGUUUUACAGAGAUCCACGCCAAAGGAUUCAGGCUGAAAGAAACAAUCAACAGCAUUACCAGUCAGCCAUACCAGAGAAACUUACUUUUAGGGAGAAGAUGAAGAUGUUUGCCAUGGAUGUAGGGCAGGUGGAUUCUCCUAAAGAAAGAAUCAAAAUUUCAAAAGCCCAGAGAGAGAUUGAAGGAAACAUAAAUGGUACAUAAAAAAAACAACACAAAGUACUCAAAAUAUACAUAAAAGUACAUUUGUGUAAAUGCUCUGCAAAAAAAACACAAACAAACUGUAACCUUACUUUCAAACUAAUCUUCUUAAGAGAAGAUUGAGAACAUUUGUGGACUGACCUCGUUUUCAUUACAAAUGCUCCUUGCCUAAUCUUUGACUUUUCUCAAGGUCCCCUGCCUUAUUUUGAAUAUUUUUUUGUUUUUAUAAUUUUGUAUUGCAUUAUUAUUGCUUCAAUGUACUGAUGAUUGUCUUUUUUUUAUACAGCAUUAUUUACAUUACCAUAAUACGUUUAAAAAGAGUUAUUUCGUGAUGUAGAAUGUAUAGGUAAAGUAUUCAGUUCAUUAUCCACUCUGUGGUCUUCAUCAGUUCACAUUCUUAAUUUUAAUUAACAAUUUUUAGUACGAUUGAAUUUUGUUGGAGGUUAUAUCAGAUUUCCUAUCAGUUACUAAUUGAAAUUGGAAUUUGUUGCCAUUUAUUGUAGUUAUUUUGUACCGAAAAAUAUGGUUUAAUGAAUAUGGAACAUAUUUUUAGAAAUUAUGUUGAGUUCUUGUAAAAUCAGUGUCGUUUAUAGCCUUGUAUAUUAUAGGUAUAAUAUUUCAGACGCUUAAGAAUAGAAUUUUACAAGUUUAAUAGUGAAAGCAGUUCGCUUUUGAUAAGAAGCUAAUGGUCAAACAUGUAAGAAAAAGCACUGCGUUUACAAUCAGUACUUUCGUGUUUUUCUUGAAGGUGAAAUCGUGUGAAAGAAACAAUUUUUUUCUCUUAUAUAUCAGAGUAGUGUAAACUAUUUUACUCAAACAACACGGGCCUUUUUCCUUUGCACAUUUAACAUUUUUAUUUUGAACGGACGUAAUUUCUAAGUGCAAUUGUGUUUAAGAUUGUAAGGAGCCAAAUAGUAACAUGUUCUGAUGUAUGAAACUGUGUUUCAACUCACACAAGUGGUAUUUUUUUAUACCAAAUGACUUCAUGUUGGGGCUGAAGGUUCUGAGGUCGAGAUUAUUUACGUUUUGAAGACUUCAUUAUUUUCACCCGAAAGUCGGUAAAAGAGUCACGAGAUAGUGAAGAAAAGCACCUUUUGAUCUGUAAUAAUUAAUGUAGAUAAUUGGAAUGAUCAUAAACAAAAGAACAAAGCUAUUAGUAUGAUCAAAUUAUUCAGUGAAUUGUGUGUGUGUUGCUCUCAGCCAUAACGUGUAAGAGAUGCCUGAACUUCAUAGAAAAAAAAAUAUUACAAUGAAGCUGUUGUAUGUAUGUGUACAGGUAUAUGUAUGUAUGUAUGUGUGUGUGUGUGUGUGUAUAUAUAUACACUUAUCAUGUACAUUUUACCAUAUUUUGUAAGUGUAACGCCAAGCAAACCUUUUAUGUUCUUACUGGUAGUAAAAACGCGCUGUUGAUGGGAAAAUAAAAAUUGCAUGUUUUUUUUAUACUAUAUAUAUUUGCGCAUUUACUUGAUAUAUUAUCUUUUUAGACAAAGUCAACAAAGUAGAUGUCAUAGGGACUAGACCGUCGAUCUGUCAAAUUGUAAGGCGAUGACCACUUAGAAAUGCACCAAACUUUAUAGAAACUAAGUAUUUCAUGCCUUGUUUAUAGAUAAUCUAGACUUUAUGUAAAAGAAAGAAAAGAUAAUGUUUUAUACAGCAAUUUAAUAUCAGAUAGCUGAAAAUGCCUGUAAUGAUGUGCCUGUUAGCUCCGUCCGAGUUAUAGAAAUAUAUAAAUGUUGAUUGGUUAAAAGUUCGUUUUCAUCGAUAAGACCACCAUUUCAGGUCGAGCCUUCUGGUUCAAGAAAAGUGUCUUAUGUCCUGGCUUACGUCAAUAAAGAUACCUUUUGGAA